AUGCUCUCCUGCUGUAGCCCUGUGCACAGUCCUCUUUCUGUCCUCAUUGUGCUCCUCAAACCUGACUCGACCCCGUUCAUCUCUCUCCGCUCCAGGCUCCAGGCGACACGCGGUCCCCCACCCCCGGGAGAAAAGCGGCCGUCUGCGGCUGUAUACGGACUCCCCACGACCGCCCCCCCCCCACGUCCACAUCUCCACACCGCCUCUGGGUCCCUUGUCCCCCCCUCCCGGUGUCAGAGUCGGACCCCUGAAGCCCGGUGGUUAGUGAUACCCCGCGCAAGCCUCUCUGCGCGCAACCAUCGCCUCUCUCUGCAACAUGGCGACCUAUAA